CAUCCAUCCCAGUCUCUUUAAGGAUUAGGCAUGAUGACGGGAGUGGAGCGAAGGAGGAGGGUCUCGUCGCAGUUAAGUCUGGGAGAGGCGCAGGAAGGGGAGGGCUUGAAGAUGGCGGCUACUGCGGCGCCAGCAGCCACUGCCUCGGAACAGCAAAGCUCAAAUGGCCCUGUGAAGAAAUCAAUGCGUGAGAAAGCUGUGGAGAGGAGAAAUGUAAACAAAGAGCACAACAGUAACUUCAAGGCUGGAUAUAUUCCCAUUGAUGAAGAUCGUCUACACAAAACUGGUUUGCGGGGCAGGAAAGGCAACUUAGCUAUUUGUGUGAUUGUCCUCCUUUUUAUUUUGGCUGUCAUCAAUUUGAUUAUCACACUCAUAAUCUGGGCUGUGAUUCGUAUUGGGCCCAAUGGCUGUGACAGCAUGGAAUUUCAUGAGAGUGGCUUAUUGCGAUUUAAACAAGACUCUGAUAUGGGAAUUAUACAUCCAUUGUACAAGAGCACAGUUGGAGGUCGACGUAAUGAAGAUUUGGUGAUUGUUGGAGAGAACCAGCCAAUUGUAUUUCAGCAAGGGGAAACGAAACUCAGUGUUGGAAAGAAUAAAACUUCAAUUACGAGUGAUAUUGGCAUGGAAUUUGUCGACCCACGGACUCAGAACACAUUGUUCAGCACUGACUAUAACACUCAUGAGUUUCACUUGCCAAGUGGAGUAAAAAUUUUGAAUGUCCAAAGAGCUUCUACUGAGAGGAUUACCAGCAAUGCUACCAGUGAUCUAAAUAUAAAGGUUGAUGGGAAUGCCAUUGUCCGUGGAAAUGAAGGGGUUUUCAUCAUGGGCAAAACUAUUGAGUUUCGGAUGCGGGACAAUAUGGAGCUAAAAGCCGACAACAGCAUCGUCCUAAAUGGAAGUGUGAUGAUAAGUGCGUCUCGACUCCCAGGUGGUACUCAUGGGGAACAGCUUAACAAUGGUGACUGGGAGCGCUACAAGCUUUGCAUGUGUGCUGAUGGAACUCUGUUCCGUGUUCAGGUGAAGAGCCGCAACAUGGGCUGUCAAACCUCAGUCAACCCAUGUGGUAAUACGUAUUAAAGGCAGAGGAAGGCACUAUGGCAAGGUGGAAGUGACCUGAUGUAAGGACUGAAGAAUAAUGUAUCAAGCUUUGAAAACUUGAUGUGCCAUAUGAAUGCUAAGUAUUAUUGAUGCAGCCUCAGCUCAAGUUUAAGUCUGGCAGAGAACAAAGCACAGACACCUGCCUGAUUCCAUCAAAAUGUAUGGGAUAAUUUAACAUACAAAUCUUAGAACAGCACUGCAAUUUAUCAGUGGGGCUACUUCCCACUUCUAAGGUAAUUGUAAGUUACAACCUCAUUCAGAUGUACUCAAAAGAGUGAGGGCGGGGGUAGGCACGAAGUGUGGAAGAAAUAACUUAUUAUCAAAAGUAGACAAGUGUAUUUGUAUUGUGCAUUGUUUUAUAUUGUAAACAGCUUUGAGAUUUUACUGAAAAGCGGUAUAGAAAUCAAAUAAAUGUUACUAGUAGACAUUUGAAUAGCUUUCCAGUAGGGCAGUAUGCCCUUUGACGCUGUUUGAGGGCCUUUUACAAGUGCUGCCUUUUCCCAUUUAAUGGGAGCAAGUUUUCAAUAACGAAAUACUAGAACAAAAAUUACUACUGUAGCUGAAUUAGGGGGAAACCAAAUAAGACAUAGCCCCCAAUUAUGAUUUGGUACCAAAAACUUCAAACGGGCUUCUGCUUAGAAGAAUUCAAUUAGAAACAAUUUCCAUAGUCCAGUUCCUGUCAAAGGUUGUGAGGACUAUAAUAUUGGAGGCUUUCAUUAAGGCUGUCAAUUCAUUGUAUUGUUUCGGUCUUCCUCUUCUAAUACUGUGUAAUGAACUUACUGUUUUGAAGAUAAAUAACUGCAUAAGUUAACUCAUUUAUCCUCACACUAGCAUACCCAGCUUCUAGAUGCAUGCACCUAAAGCACUUGUGCAUACACAGGGACGUGCUCAAUAUUGAACUUCCAGCUACAUCAGAUGCUUCUUUGGGAAGUCUUGCACCUUUCCUGAGCUUCUUUUUGGGAGGCUGGGGAAGGUCUUAAGUGUUUUUUUAAAUGCACUAAGUGAAUCAUGAUGCAGCUAGCCCAAUUAAAGCAGUGUUAAGUUCAGACCUUUCUUUCACAUGAUAAAGUGCAAGUUAAUCUGUCAGUUUAGUUAAUGCUUUUAGAUUUGUUUUUUGCAUGUUUGGUCUAGGACCGUAAAUAAAACUUGACUUGACUAUUUCGUUUAAUACCCGUAGAUUAAGUCAUCUAAGGGUAUUGUGUCAAAACUUCUAAGUUUUGAGAACUUUCAGAAGUGGUGUACCAAGUCCUUGGGGCAGCCUAAAGCAGGAUGCCACCUGCCUUACCAACCCCACCCUCUGCCAUCAGUCAGGCAGGCCACUGGCUCACCUUGUUAGCCUCACUGCAGGACUGGAAGCCCUGUGAUGAUAAGUCAGCUCUUUCCUUCUGGUGGCGUUCAGUGUUCUCUAGCCAGCAUUAAACAUUAGCAGCUGAUCUGUCUCCAUCUUUCAGGGACUUUUGUGUUUUAUCUCCUCCAUAUGAGGAGCAGACAACACACAGAAGCUAGUUGCUGGAGAGCAGAGCACACACAUAUGUGAACACUGACAGCUACAAUGUCUGCUGCCUACUUCCAACUAGCCUGUUACUGCUGGCUGUAAUAGGCAGCAGCAGUCUCUCCGGCAGUGUUGGCUAGCUUUCACAUGCACAUGUUCAUUUUCCAGAGUGCACACAUUCGAAAGUGCCAGCCAGCGACACCUGGAUGGCCACUGCCUGUUACAUGCAAGCAGUGACAUGGCAGGCAGGGCAUCGUAGCGGCUGCUCUUCCUAGGAGUAAGGGUGCUGCUCAAAAUCAUGUCACAUGCCAUAUUUGGCAUCUGGGCCACAGGUUGCUAACCCCUGCUCUAGGCCAUUGUGCAGAAUUUCCAGAAAGCUUGCUGUCGUUUUACCUAUUAAAGCAAGGCCCUAAAUGCAAACCAGAAAUAUAGAAUUUAGAUGGGCUUUUAACUGAACAGUCCAAAACAAUCUCUGCCCAUAUUUUCUCCAUGCUGGCACUGUUGCUAUUAAUAAGGUUACUUUAUACAAAACAAGGUAUUGUUUUACAUGUGUUAACUAGUGCUGUGUGAGUGGGGGCAGGCAAGCAGGGGAGGGACGGUUUCUUUGACAGGGUUUUCAUGUAUUUAUACCGUCAAUUCUGAUGUGCUCUGUUCCUGUUACAUAGGAAGUUCCUGUAUGCAGUUGCAAAAAUAAACUAUAUUAAACCAGUCA